AUUUCUCAUACUAUAGUGGUAUAGUGGGUAUAGUCCAAUCGCGGUUGUGUUGUGUUGUGUGGUAUGGUUAUUUCUGCCAUUUCAAGGUUUUGGUUUUGUUUGAGUUAGGUGUCGACAGUGUUUCGUGAUCAAAUCCUUGAAAUUACUCCAACCGUUUGUGGCAAUGGAUUGGCUGUUUGGAUCAAAACCUACUUUGAAAGAACAACAGCGAGAAAAUGAUCGUGCACUUCGCAAGGCCAACAGAGAUAUGGACCGCGAGAAAAGACAUUUGGAGAUGGAAGAGAAAAAACUAGAACAGGAGAUCAAAAAAAUGGCAAAGGAAGGUAACAAGGAUGGUUGUGCCAUUUUAGCAAAACAGCUAGUAAAUUUAAGAAAGCAAAAGAGCCGCACUCUUGCUGCUAGUGGCAAAAUCCAAAGUGUCGGGUACCAUAACAAAGCUAUGGGAGCAAACGUAAAACUAGCUGAUGCAAUGGGCACUACAGCAAAGACAAUGUCAACUAUGAACAACAUUUUGAAACCGGAAAAAAUUGCUGCUGAUAUGCGUGCAUUCGGUGAAGCUAACAUGAAAAUGACUAUGACUGAUGAAAUGAUUAAUGAUACACUCGAUGAUAUCAUGGCUGGUUCUGAUGAAGAAGAAGAAACUGAUCAGGUUGUGCAACAGGUUUUGGAUGAAAUUGGUAUUGAAAUAUCUGGUAAAAUGGCAAGGGCUCCUGCCACCCAUGAUAAAAUUGGGGAGACUUCAAAAUCCAAGCUACCUACAGAUGAUGAAAUUGAAGCUCAGUUGGCAAAACUACGAGCCUAAAAUUAUUUUAUCUUUAUUUGUCUGUUGGUGUAUUACGGAAAUGACAAACAUAGUUUGUUAUACAGUAUAGCCUGCUUCUGUUUAUAAAAUCAAACUGCACAACAACAAAAUGUUGUUGUUGUGUUUUUCCUCAUGCGUAAUUUUUUUAAAUCUGUGAUUUAUUUUAGUUAAGAAUUUUAAUUCUUGAUUAGUUCUGCUGUAACAUUGUCAAAACUUCACGGCAGCUGGUCAUUGAGUUUGAAUCUAGUUCGUAGUUCAUGGCAAGCUACCCAUCUCACAUUUUUCUUUCCCCUUGAGCCUCUCCAAAUUCUCAUUUGUUCCGACACUAGUCGUUCAGAUUGGCUUGGAAUGGGUUCCCCUCCGUUGUUCCCUUAUCCCCUUUCAUCCGGAAACCUCCAUGAUUCUGACCCAAUUUGAAUGAUUUGUGGUAAAAAUAGGAAUCUGGACGGACUCCAUAUCAUUCAUUUGUGGAAUUAACCCUAACUAAUAUUUUGAUACAAUUAAACUAGAAAUUUGUAAAUUUUUAUCAUCAUAGCAAAUAGCUCUAUUCUUCUAUAAAUAAUCAGGGUCAUACCUACCGAAGAAGAGAGAUAAAAACUACUUAACUCUCAAGAAGUUAGUUUUCACUUGAGGGUUAGAUUAUGUCAGUUUUGUGAUAAGUAUGGACUAGUCUUUUUAUUGUGGGAGAUGGAAGUUCUUAAGCACAAUUGUAAUUUUUAAUUUUGUUUUCUAUUUGAUAACUCAUUCUACAAUAAUUCUUUCUGAAGAAGGUCCAUUUUGUACAUUUAAAGAAAAGGAAUUUCUAAUAAACAUUAUUGCCUUUCAGUCUG